GACAAAAUGGGCCGACAGAAUCUGACAGGGCUGACUGAGUUCAUUCUAAUUGGACUUACAAAGCGCCCUGAAACCCAGCUUCCCCUUCUUGGGGUCUUCCUAUUAGUCUACAUGGUCACAGUGAUGGGCAACCUAGGCCUGGUGAUCUUGACCAAGAUGGACUCACACCUCCACACCCCCAUGUAUUUUUUUAUCAGACACCUGGCUUUCAUUGAUCUUGGUAAUUCUACUGUCAUUUGCCCUAAAAUGCUGAUAAAUUUUGUUGUGGAUAAAAAUACUAUUUCCUACUAUGAAUGUGCCACACAGCUGGCCUUUUUCCUUUUGUUCAUUAUCAGUGAAUUCUUCAUCUUGUCAGCCAUGGCCUAUGACCGCUAUGUGGCCAUCUGUAAUCCUCUACUCUACAAUCUUAUCAUGACCCCAAGACUUUGCCAUGUGCUUGUGGGCAUUCCUUACCUCUACAGUACCUUUCAGUCUCUGCUGUUCACAACUAAGAUUUUUACAUUGACCUUCUGUGGUUCUAAUGUCAUCAGUCAUUUCUACUGUGAUGAUGUUCCCUUGAUACCUAUGCUCUGCUCAAAUGCACAAGAGAUACAAUUGCUGAUCAUCAUGUUUUCAACGAUUAACUUGAUAUCCUCCCUCUUGGUCAUUCUUGUGUCCUACAUGCUGAUUCUGAUAGCUAUAUUCCGAAUGAAUUCUGCUGAGGGCAGGAAAAAAGCUUUCUCCACAUGUGGGUCUCAUCUGACAGUGGUGGUUGUGUUCUAUGGGUCUCUACUAUUCAUGUAUUUGCAGCCCAAAUCUGCUCAUUCAUUUGAAACUGACAAAUUUGCCUCUGUGUUUUACACUUUAGUCAUUCCCAUGCUCAAUCCCUUGAUCUACAGUUUAAGGAACAAAGAGGUAAAAAGUGCCUUCCACAGAGCCUUUAAGAAUCUCCGUAAGCUUUCUAUUUAG